AUGCAAAAUCUCAUUUUCUUCAUUAUUUCCUUUUGGCAUCCUUUUAUAUAUAACAGCUUAGGCAUUAACCAGUUCGUUGUAUCUUGGGUGGUUUCACUUCAACCAAAUUGUUCUCGAAAAUUAUCAGAUAAUAAUUUAUCUGAGAACAUUGUAGACAUAUUAAACAUAAUAGAUUAUAACAAUAAUGAUGAAGGUAAGAUUGAGCAAUUAGAGAAUAACAACUAUGAAACUAGAUUGAAAAAUGAGUGGAGACAACUGGAAAACGAUGAAAAUAUGGAUUGGCUCACCAUUACACUAAAAACAUAUGAAUCCUUCGUUGGAAAAAAGAGUGGAGCAACACCUGAUAGUGAAACCAAGCAUAAAAGAUGGUGUAAUAUUGUAGAAGCGUUGGAUUAUUUCCGUAAAGCUAAAAAUGAGGAACAUCGAGCAGGAUUGGAAUUUUUUUUAGAUGCAUUAAAUGAUAAAAUACGGGAAGGAGAUAUUGAAGAUUUAAAUUUGGAGGUGGAGAAAGCUUGGAACCAUUUAAAAAUGGCAAAAGUUAAAGAAGAUAAUGAAUUUCGAAUUUAUCAAUUAGUUACAUGGAAAUAUUGGAAACAAGCAGAAAAUGUCGAAUCCGCUAGAAAUAAGAGUCAAUAA